AUGAGUCUUGCAGAAAUCUCGGCUGAUCAAGAGCCAAAGUCGAGGAAACGAAAUCUGGAGGCUGCGGAGAUCGAGAUCGAUGUCGAUGCUCCAGAACCACCUUCCAAGAAGUCUUUACGAAAGGCAAAAAAGGCUGCCACCGGCCAUCCUUCAGAACCCAGCCCCGGAGAUCAAAAGCCAGCAUCCACCCAGUCCAAGGACUCCAAUGCCGACUCUAAACGUUCGGACUAUGGCAUCUGGAUCGGAAAUUUGUCUUUCGGUACUACUAAAGAAGACCUGGUAAAGUUUUUCACCAGCAACUCGACAUAUCCCAUCGCCCAGAGUCAGAUUACGAGGACACAUCUUCCUCUGGGGCAGCCCAAGUUUGGGAAGCCCUCCAACAAAGGCUUUGCCUACCUCGACUUCAGAGACGCUAGCGCACUGAAAUCGGCUCUAGAAUUCAGCGAAGCUCUACUGGACGGGCGAAGGGUCCUUAUCAAGGAUGCUAAGAAUUUCGAAGGGAGGCCAGAACCAAAGAAGGACGAUAAAGACUCGCAGCACAGGGCACCCAGCAAGCGGGUGUUUAUUGGCAACCUGGACUUUGAUACUACUGUCGAUGCCCUUGAGGCGCAUUUCAAUCCAUGUGGACCGAUCUUGCAUACUCACAUGGCUACAUUUGAAGAUAGUGGGAAAUGUAAAGGUUUCGCAUGGAUCGAAUUUGAACAACUCCCUUCAGCAGAGGCAGCAAUGCGAGGCUGGGUGGAGUCUCGAGGAGGAGAUCAGGCCCAGUCGAAAAGGCAGAACUCUGGUCGGCGAAGAGUCUGGCUACACAGCCUUAAGGGAAGGAAGUUAAGAUUGGAAUUCGCCGAGGACAAAGCAACUCGAUAUCAGAAACGAUUCGGCAAGGGAAGCAGUGCGAGUGAAUCGACGGGCGAAGGAAGAAACGCCGUUCAUGAGCAACAGGAAGCCGUUGAAGAAGUUGAAGUCAACACUCAGCGUGUGGCACCGAAGAAGCAUACUAGGCAGAAGCCAUAUGGAACGAAAUAUGCAGACGAAACAGUUCAGAGACUGACAGGGGCAAUUGUAGAAGGAAAGGGCCAACGAGUGGUAUUUGAUUAA